UCAACAGGCAGUAGAAACUCUCCAUCUUCGGGGGAAAAAGUAAAGUCCCAACCCCGAAAAUUCACGGAUCCACCUUUGUGAUCCACCGUCCUGCGCGCCUAUUCGGAGAAUUACAGCUCCCCACGGGGAUGCUUAGUUGUUUACGCAGGCGCCGGAGGCCCUGCUGGGUCACAUGGCGUCCGUCAUGGCCGCCUCCAUGGCAAGGAGGAGCGUGAGCGCCGGGUCGUUGAUACGGACGGCGGGAGGCGGUAUAUGGUGGGGGUCUCGCAGAUCCGAAGCGGAGAGAGCCGUCACCCCCUCGCCGGCCAGGCUCAGGGGCUUCCGGAGCACAGGCCUUUGCCCCUCAGAGGAAGAAAAGCGGCAGCCGGAGCCGGAGCCUCUCUCCGGGGACUUGGUGAACGUGGUGUUCGUGGACCGCUCCGGGAAGCGCAUCCCCGCGAGUGGGCGAGUGGGCGAGGACGUGCUGCGCCUGGCCCAGCGGCACGGCGUCGAUCUAGAGGGAGCCUGUGAGGCUUCCCUGGCAUGUUCUACUUGCCAUGUCUACGUGAGUGAGGAACAUUUGGCUGUUUUGCCUCCACCUGAAGAAAGGGAGGAUGACAUGCUGGACAUGGCCCCACAGCUACAAGAGAACUCGAGGCUGGGCUGCCAGAUCAUCUUGACAAAGGAGCUUGAGGGUGCUCAGUUCACUUUGCCGAAAAUUACUCGAAACUUCUAUGUGGAUGGCCAUGUCCCCAAGCCCCAUUGAUAGGGAGGACCAGCCAGGGGCCUGGAGGCACCUGCAGCUGCUGGACACGUGGGUCUCUUCCUCAGGGCUUGGUAGCUGCCUAGGUUGAGCAUAGGACUCCCUUAAUGGACAUAGCUCAUCUCUUGCCCUACUCUUCUUGGGCUUAACCCUGCUGACCAAAUAUGGCCAGAUUGUGGACACCUUACGCCGGACCGGAGGGGGCUCAGGAGAGAGGUCACGAAGAAGUCUCCCUUUUCUUGGGAGGAAUCUGCACUUAUGCUUUAGAAGAAAAUGUCCCUCUCUUGCCUCAGCUCUGGCAGAGGAGGGGGUGGGGCUCCUGGGCCCCCAAACUGGGGGUGUCUAUUAGAGCCAUAAUAAAACACUUUACUCACCAAAGUCUGUUAAACCUCU